UUUGAGUUGCACAUUGGGUUACACCACAAGAGAAAAAAAAAAAAAAGAAAAAGAAAGAAAGAGAAGCACAGAGGGAGAAAGAGAGGGGAGAGAGAAAGAUAAUGGAAAUGGAUUCUCUUCUCCAAGCUCUGAAACCUAUCCCCAUAUCAGUCUUCUUUAUUGUCCCACUUCUAUUCUUGUUUCUUUUGUCUCGGUUUCGCAGGAAACCUUAUCCUCCGGGACCCAAAGGCUUACCCAUCAUUGGAAACAUGAUGAUGAUGGACCAGUUAACUCACCGGGGACUCGCCAAACUUGCUAAGCAAUACGGUGGCCUCUUCCACCUCCGCAUGGGCUUUCUCCACAUGGUGGCCGUGUCGAGCCCGGAGAUAGCCCGCCAAGUCCUCCAAGUCCAAGACAACAUCUUCUCCAACCGGCCCGCCACCAUCGCCAUUAGCUACCUCACUUACGACCGGGCUGACAUGGCCUUCGCCCACUACGGCCCGUUCUGGCGUCAGAUGCGCAAGCUCUGUGUCAUGAAGCUCUUCAGCCGAAAACGGGCCGAGUCGUGGGACUCUGUCCGUGAUGAGGUGGAUGAAAUGGUCCGAGUCGUCGCAACCAACACCGGCUCGCCUGUUAACGUCGGCGAGUCGGUAUUCGGGCUCACUCGGAACAUUAUUUAUCGUGCCGCGUUCGGGUCGAGCACGCAUGAUGGACAGGAUGAUUUCAUCAAAAUUCUGCAGGAGUUUUCGAAGCUGUUUGGUGCUUUCAAUAUUGCUGAUUUCAUUCCUGGGCUCAGCUGGGUUGACCCGCAAGGACUCAACACCAGACUCGCAAAAGCUCGUGCUUCGCUUGAUGGGUUCAUCGACUCCAUCAUCGACGAUCACAUGGUGAAAAGGAAGGAAAAUCGCGUGGAUGAGGCCAAUACUGAUAUGGUAGAUGAUUUGCUCGCUUUUUACAGUGAUGAGGCCAAAGUCACUGAGUCCGAUGAUUUACAGAACUCCAUCAAGCUCACAAGAGAUAAUAUCAAAGCCAUCAUAAUGGACGUGAUGUUUGGUGGGACAGAGACGGUGGCCUCAGCCAUAGAAUGGGCAAUGGCGGAGUUAAUGAGAAGCCCGGAAGACCUCAAGAGGGUCCAACAAGAACUCGCCAAUGUCGUCGGUAUCGACCGGAAAGUAGAAGAGAGUGACUUCGACAAGCUAACAUACCUCAAAUGUGCCCUCCGAGAGACUCUCAGACUCCACCCACCUAUCCCUCUCCUCCUCCACGAGACCGCCGAGGAUGCCGAGGUCGCUGGCUACCAUAUUCCGGCGAAGUCACGUGUCAUGAUCAACGCCUGGGCCAUCGGACGUGACAAGAACUCUUGGGAAGACCCUGAGACCUUCAAGCCCUCCAGGUUCUUGAAACCCAACGUACCAGACUUCAAAGGAAGUAACUUCGAGUUCAUACCAUUCGGGUCGGGUCGAAGGUCCUGCCCGGGCAUGCAACUGGGACUCUAUGGUUUAGAGAUGGCUGUGGCUCAUCUUCUUCAUUGUUUUACGUGGGAAUUACCGGAUGGGAUGAAACCCAGUGAGCUUACCACGGAUGAUGUGUUUGGUCUCACUGCUCCAAGAGCGAGUCGACUCGUGGCUGUACCGAGUCGGAGACUGGUUGGUGCACUAUAUUGAGAGAGAAGACUUGAGGGGAAGGGGUGUUUUGCUGAGUCACUCUCUUUUGUGAGAACUAUUGCUGUUUCUCUGUGGAUAUGAAGAACUCUUUUCAUUUGUUUUAUUCGGACAUUUGGAUUGUAAUUUUUCUUUUUUAUUUCUGCUAUACUCAUCAAAUAAAGGUCAUCAAAUAAAGAUCAACAAAGAAAUUCGGUUUCUUUUAGAA